UCACCACCGCGACCGCGCAGCUCGACCCUAGCAUCCAUGUACAAGAAAGGCCACAACAAUCGUUUCCGCAGCAGCAACCACUUACCCAACAACAACCAUUCCCGCUGCAAGAGCCACAACAACCACUAUUCCAGCAACAACAACCGUAUCCACAACAGUCACUUCGCCAACAACAACUUCCCCAGCAACAUUUAUUUCCGCAGCAACCGCCGCAACAACAAUUUCCAUAGUAGAUGCCACUUCCGCAUCAACAACAAAUAUUCCCGCAACAACAACAACCCCCACAACAACAACCAUUUUACCAAUAUCAACAACCAUUAACACAACAACCAUACACGCGAGAGCAACCAUUGCCACAACAACAACCUUCUGUGGAGGAAAACCAACAAUUGAACUUGUGCAAGGAGUUCCUGCUGCAGCAGUGCAACCCGGAGGAGAAAGUGUCAUUACUGCAGUCAAUGAUCCCGUUCCUCCGACCAAAGACCUCGCAACAGAACAACUGCCAGUUGAAGCGGCAACAAUGUUGUCGACAACUUGCACAUAUCAGCGAGCCGUCCCGAUGUCCGGCCAUCCACAACAUUGUGCACGCCAUCAUCAUGCAACAACAACAACAACAUGUGGAUAGAGGUUUCGUCCAGCCUCAACCACAACAGUUGGGCCAGGGAAUGCCCAUGCAGCCUCAACAUCAAUUGGGCCAGGGCUUAAGCCUACCUCAACAACUAGCCCAGUUCAAGUUGGUUAGGUUACUUGUGAUUCAGACCUUGCCUAUGUUAUGCAAUGUGCAUGUCCCAUCUGAUUGCUACACCAUUAGUGCACCAUUUGGUGGCAUCACUGCCUACAACGGUGGACAAUGAAAUCACAAGAGUUGUACUACUAUAUAGAUGGAACUUCAUUGUUUACUCGAUUGGACGAUCGAUGUAGCAAUGGAAAAAUAAAAUGUCAUGCACCAUCAUAUGCGUGACUGACACCAAUACAAGUUCAAAUUUGGGAAUAAAGGCAAACAAAAUAUUGCACGUCA